GAAUGUUUAAGCAACUUGUUCUCAAGCCUCGUCUAAAUCGGCUUGGCCGCCUUCGACGUUUUUAUACACCCCAGUUCGUGAUCUCCACAUUCGAGCUUGCCAUCUCCAUCGUUGUGUUGUACAUAUCUCGUGCAUGGUGCGUCUAACCGUCGGUCCCGAAACGUCCAGUCUCACGCUCCUCUCCACCCAGCACUUCACCCCUUCAUCCUUCGUCCCUCAAGCUUCCAUCAUCGUUUCAUCAUGAGCUCCCGAGGAGGCAGACAGUCAAUGUCAGAGCUACGGUACCGUCGGUUACUGGAGCAUAAUCAACGUCUACGAGAGGACCUCGCAAGACCUAGGAUCCGUGUUAGCGAGGCGAGCGCUAGCUUGAUUCGAUACUGUAAAACUACCAAGGAUCCCCUUGUUCCUUCUGUGUGGGGGCCCGUGCAGAAGGCUGAGGAUCCAUACGCUCUACAGGGCUCCCGGGGUAUCAACUGUUGUAGCAUACAGUAAUUUCCCAGCAUCUUCACUCAGACCCUCUGCAGCACCAUCCCUUCGCUACUUAUUACCCCCCACGUCACCCUGUAAUAUGAUCCUCAGAGGUACCUUUCUCAGAUUUUC